CAAACAUUAUAUUUCGUUCGUUUCAUUCUUCAGAUAUUACAUUUACCAGGUAGUCCUUUAAACCUACAGGCGACUUUUGCACUAUAUUAAGAGACAGUCAAUUGACUAUUGAACUGAUUUUUAGUUCAUUCAUUCAUUUCCCUACCCUUCCCGUUCGUUCCACCCUCAUAGUUGCUCAUUCUUUUUUCGUGCACGGCGACGAGCGCACGCGCCCUUUAGCUCCUCGGCUACGACAUUAUUACCUACAGAAAUGUCGAAGCGCACAGCUAAAGACAAGUUAAAAUAUUAUCGUGAAAAAAUUAAACGUCUUGAAGAUCAUAAAAGACGAUACCGGAUAAUUUACGAUUCGUCUUCAUCAGACGAUGAAGAUGUUGUAAUGGAACAAAAUCCAUGUGGUUCCAUACCGGCUCAGGAUCCUAUUAUACAGGAACCACAGUUAAACAUCGAAAAUGCCGUAAUACCGAAACAUAAUAAUGAUGUUCCGUUGCCGGACCAUAAUAACGGGGUUCCUGUACCUGAAAAUCAGGCAGAUUUGCCCAUGUCGUCAGCUCAACCCGAGCUCGACCCGGAUAUGCUGCUGGCUCUCGGGGAAUCUACCGAGGAUACCCCCGAGUAUGGCGAAAAAAUCCACGAUAAUUUAUCGAAACUUUGGUUACCGUUACUCAAAAAAGGUAUGACGAAUGAAACCAAAGAUAAAAUCAAAAAAGACUAUUUGGUUCCCGACAACUGUCGAUUGUUACAAGCACCAAAAUUAAACGUGGAGAUUUCAGCAGCCGUACCCGAUAUGGUCCGGAACCGAGACAAAAAUCUGGCUGCAACGCAGCAACAACUCGGCCACGGGAUCGCUGCCGUCAACAGGGCCAUGGAUAUUCUAAUUAAAUGCGUCGAUGCCAACGGAAUCGAAGCUAUGAAACACCUCAGCAACGGCUGCCGUAUUCUGUGUGACCUCCAUGCGUCAUCUACUCAGAGCCGCAUAAAACUCAUUACACCUAGUCUCGAUAAGACGUCCCCAAAGAGACCUGCGCCGGCACGGCCGUCGACAAGUCGAGCGUCGUACUCGGGAAACUGGUCAGCGCCCCCUCGUUAUGCGUCGAACAGGGGGGGGCGGAGAGGUGCUCGCAGGCAGACGAAUUACACCAGGCGGACGUUUCAUGUUCCACAGCCGGCCAAGACAACCCCCGCGACCAAGACACCUGCCCAGGCACCGUAACGCAGGUACAUGCCGGCCGAAUAAGUCAUUUUUAUAACUGUUGGUUAAAAAUAACAACGAACGACAUGGUUUUAGAGUGGGUCAGAUAUGGCUACUCAAUCCCAUUUAAUUCGGACGUAAAGCAAACAUUUGUUCCAUCAAACACGCUUGAACAAAGUGAAAUAGCUGAUAUGAAAUUAGCUAUACAAAAGCUGUUAGAUUUAGGAGCCAUAUCUGAGUGCCCUAAAGUCACAAACCAAUACAUAUCUAAGGUUUUUCUUGCCCCGAAACCUAACGGAGGAAAGCGUUUUAUCCUAAAUUUAAAAGGUCUCAAUAAAUUUAUUGCUCCCUGUCAUUUUAAGAUGGAGGAUUAUCGCACGGCCUCAAAACUCAUUCCUCAAAAUGGUUUUUUAGCCUCAAUAGAUUUAACAGAAGCAUAUCUACUUAUACCUAUAAAUAUAAAUGACAGAAAGUACUUGAGAUUUCAAUUUAAUAAUUUGACAUAUGAAUUUACAUCUAUGCCAUAUGGGUUAUCUGUAGCCCCUAGAGUAUUCACUAAGAUAAUGAAAGAAGUGGUAUCUAAUUUGAGAUCUCGAGGUCUCAAAUCUGUCAUUUAUUUGGACGACAUUCUGUGCAUAGGAGAUACCUUUCAAGAAUGUCUUAAUAAUGUUAAGGAAACCUUAAAGCUAUUACAAUGUUUAGGAUUUGUUAUCAAUUACGGUAAGAGUUCUUUACAUCCUGAACAGACUUGUAAAUUUUUAGGGUUUAACUUUCACACCCAAAAUUUGACCAUUGCCUUACCUAAGGAUAAACGAAAUAAAAUUGCACAAUUGGUUCGUAAAUUUCUAAGGCUGCCUAAAUGUACCAUUCGAGAGUUUUCACAACUCAUCGGAGUUUUAGUGUCAGCCUGCCCCGCUAUAAAAUAUGGUUGGGUUUAUACAAAAACCUUAGAAAGGCUAAAAUAUCUCGAGUUAUUAAAAAAUAACGAUAAUUUUGAUGCAAAAAUGAAACCUUCUAGUUCCAUAUUAGACGAUCUUAACUGGUGGUUAAAC